AACGAUCAGGGAUCAUAGAGUAACCGAAUCAAGAUCGAUUCCAAAUUGUUUUCAGGUAUCCUAAGCUCGCUCCGUCCGUUGCCCUUCUCAGACCCCAAAACCCUUCCGGGAGAUGUCUGAAACCCAGCCACCGCCCAAUGGCGACCAGGCCGGCGGCAACAACCCCGAGGCGGCGGCAGCGGCGGCGGAGGCCGUCAAGAUAGCGCUGCCGCCUCCCAAGGCGGCUAUCAUCGCCGAUCUCAACGUCGACCCCCCCGAGAGUGACGGCGAGGAUUGCGCACUCGUCUCCGUUCCCGAUUCCUCCGCCAGAAGUAGUAACGAUGAUAGCAACCCAGCAAAAAAUUCUGUGAUGAUCAAAGACAGUGAUAUUGUCGAAGGUGAAGAUCUGGAUCAACAGUGUCACGGGGCUUCCAUGUCCCGCGAGGAAAAAGUCAGCAGUCUAAAAGCUGGUUUGGUGCAUGUCGCACGAAAGAUGCCCAAAAAUGCUCAUGCACAUUUCAUCCUUGGCCUAAUGUAUCAAAGAUUGGGUCAACCACAGAAGGCAGUCGUAGCAUUUGAAAAAUCAUCUGAGAUAUUACUACGAGAUGAGGAAGAGAUUCGGAGACCAGAUUUGGUUUCUUUAGUGCUGAUACACCAUGCACAGUGUAUUUUGCAAGCAAAUACUGGGGAUAGCUCAGAUAAAGAGCUUGAAAUGGUUGAACUAGAUGAGAUUCUUGGGAAAUUGAAAGAGUCAGUGCAAUCAGAUCCAAAACAGGCUGCUGUUUGGAAUACGCUUGGUUUGAUACUUCUGAGAACUAAUCGUCUGCAGAGUGCUAUAUCAGUUUUGUCAUCCCUCUUGGCCAUUGUUCCAGACUACUUGGAUUCCCUUGCAAACCUUGGUAUUGCAUACCUUCAAAGUGGAAAUUUGGAGCUUUCUGCAAAAUGCUUUCAAGAUCUUAUUCUUAGGGAUCAAAACCAUCCUGCUGCUUUGAUCAAUUAUGCAGCUUUCCUUUUGUGUAAAUAUGGGUCGAUCAUCCCAGGUCCAGGGGCCAAUGCAGGUGAAGGGGCUUAUCCCCAUCAAGUUGAAGCUGCAACUGUUGCAAAAGUGUGCUUAACAGCAGCAGUAAAAGCUGAACCUAAAGCUGGAGCAUUAUGGGUGAAUCUUGCUAAUGCAUAUUAUGUAGCUGGUGAUCAUAGGAAUGCAAAAAAGUGCUUGGAGCAGGCAGCAAAAUUGGAUCCUAAUCAAAUGUCUGCUCGAUAUGCUAUAGCAGUUCAUCGAAUCAAAGAUGCUGAAAGGUCACAAGAUUCUACAGAGCAGCUUUCCUGGGCUGCAAAUGAAAUGGCAUCGAUUCUAAAAGAAGGGGACCCUGCAAUAAUUGAUCUUCCGAUAGCAUGGGCAGGGUUGGCAAUGGCUCACAGAGCUCAACAUGAAAUUGCAGCAGCUUUUGAAACUGAGCAGAGGGAUUUGGUGGAGGUAGAAGAGCGAGCACUGUAUACGUUAAAGCAGGCAAUUGAGGAGGAUCCAGAUGAUGCAGUGCAAUGGCAUCAACUUGGUCUUCACAACCUUUGUACCAUGCAGUUCAAGAUGUCAGUUAAGUUUCUUAAGGCUGCCGUAGCCCGAUGCAGGGAAUGCAGUUAUGCAUGGUCCAAUCUUGGUAUUGCAUUGCAAUUAUCUGAUGAUCCAUCUUCAGCUGAGGUAGUAUACAAGCGGGCACUCUCACAUGCUACGACCCUACAGGCCCAUGCUAUCCUUUCUAACCUUGGAAACCUGUAUCGUCAGCAGAAGAGGUUUGAACAUGCAAAGGCGAUAUUUGCAAAAUCUCUAGAACUGUGCCCAGGAUAUGCACCAGCACACAACAACCUCGGGCUUGUUUUUGUGGCAGAGGGCAGGUUGGAGGAAGCUAAAAGUUCUUUCGAGAAGGCUUUACAGUCAGACCCAUUGCUUGAUGCUGCCAAAUCCAACAUAAUGAAAGCAGUGGCCAUGUCUAGGAUAGGUGGAACCAUAUAAGCGACUUAUUCAUAAUGGAGUGGACUUGUGGUCGAGGCUAGCUCUUUUUUCAACCCGAUAGAGAUCAAAACCAGAACUGGAGGUCCUUAUUUCUGCUCUGUCGAAUUGGUUCAGAAUUUUAUGUCCCUCCUUCCAUGGUGAAGCAUACGUCCUGUGGCAGCCUCUUUCUUCAAAUCCUUCCAUAUCAUGCUCUUUUGAUCUCCUUUCUUGACCUCAGAGAGUCCCUACUUAUGAACCAUUUGCUUCAGUGGUCAAGGUGCGACUAGAGAUUGCAACAACAGAUUGUUUCCAUGUUAAUUUUGGGCAUACAUAGACAUGCCCAACAGAAAAAGCAACGGCUUCAUGCAAUCAGUUGUACAUAUUGGAUAGCAUGGGAAUACUAGAUUUGACUCUCUGUACAUGCUGAGCUCUGUAGGUACACAAGUAGUAUUCUGAUCUCCGAGGCUUAAGUAGCAUGGUCUCUUUAAAUGGCCAAAGGGUGGAAUCCCCAAAAGAUACUUUCUACUUGUAUAUAUGUGGAGACUAUGAGGCCAUUUCGAUAUGCCGUACUUCUAGCAUUUGUAUCAUAUUUGUUUUGAAGAAGUGGUGCACUUUAUCAUGAUUAGAAAUUUGCUUGUAGGUGACUAGGUUACCCUUGAAUCAGCAUGUGGUUCAAUACUUCAAUCAAUCCGGCAAACUACAUGUUUAGCUUGUUUCAAUAGUCUUGAUUAUUUCUGCAGGGGUUGGAGGAUGAGGUCUUCCGUUGUUUGAACAGUUUGCUGAGGCUUUGUUGUGUUAUGGCUUUGUCAUUGACUAGUGAAUGCUUUUAGCAAA